AUGUUCGCUCCCAGCACGACCUUCGACUUUGCGGAGCAAUCGCAGUUGACAUAUCUAAUUCCUUCAGAAUCAAAUCUGAACCUGGAAGAGGCAUUCAAGAAUCUCGAACCGGGCAAGUCAAUCUUCGACUCAAUAGACCGUCGCGAGUCUCUCUUCUUUGACGAGACCGUCGAUGUCCUCCUAGUAUUGAAAACGCCAUGGACAGACGAGCAGACACUCCGGUCUCACCUUAGCAGACUUGUCGUCUCACUCGAGGCCCAGAUCGUCAACAGCAAUGCGCCUGGCCGUGACAGUCUGGCCGCUUCAGACACCAUCUUCUCUGGCAAUGUGGCCGACGUCGAGGACCCGUUUAUUGUGGUAGAUGAAGAGGAAGCCGCUGGAGAUGACGAUGAAGAUGACGACGAAGAGGGCGAGGGCGAGGACGAAAGGGAGCCGACUGCCCAGAGCAUGUACGCCGCGUGGAAACUGCCCGUCUUCCUCGCCCGUCCGCGCAUCCGCCUCAACAGCCCGUCAGUCGUCUUCUCCGCAUCUGCUAGUCUCAAGCCCGAGGUUUCGACAGAGCUCAUCUCGCGCGGCAGCGGCUAUCUCCAGAGUGGCGUGCCGUCGGGCUUCAACCUGCUCGAGUCCUUCGGCGGAGAUGCCGCCCUCGAAGGCGUGAAACCUCGUCUUUCUGCGCUGCGGGUGUCCCGGGUUGCUCCCGUUACGCGACCGCAGGAUCUCAUGAACCACAUCCGUGCGCUACAGCAGCUCGAACUCAAGAUCUUCCCCGUUGUUCACACCCGGAUACGCUUUUCCCGACCCAACACGGCGCCUUCUAGCGCGGCCGUCAUUGCCCUCCUUGAGGUCGACUUCACGUCAUACUUUGAUUGUGAGGUCUCGCUUGACAAGAUUGAAAUGUCGAUACCGGACAGCACCGUUGAGAGCCUAAACGACGACGCAGGCAUGCAGCUGCCUCUGUCUUGCGUCUCCCACGACCACAUCACCUUCCUCUACCACAUUGCUCCCCAUGAGCUGGACGUCACACCCAAGAACCCUACCAGGGACCUCGCCAUCACAAUUUCCGCCACCGCCCACGUCGUCCCGGGGUGUUGUACUCCCAGCUUGACCAUGUCGUGGACUACCAACCUAGAUUUCACCACCCCCGUCAACCCCGGCUUUACCCCGACCACCGGAUCCGGUAUCCAGCGAUCCCACCGUCCAUCCCAGCUUUCCAUCACCGGCCUGGCAGUCCACCCCCUCAAAUCCCCUUCCAUCACGCGCCCCGAUGCUUUGCCUGCUCUCGAGGCUGCUACUAAUAACACGGACGCUGUCCUUCCAGAGCUCGGUAUCACCAUGACCUUCAGUGGUCCUUCCGACCCGGUCCAUCCUGGCGACGUUUUCUCGUGGACCGUCUACGUCGUCAACCGCGCCACAGAGAACAACUCCCACCCUCCCCGCAAGCUCGCACUGGUCGCAGUGCCUAAACGUCGCCGAAAUGAAGUACGAAUGACCCGCCCUCCCUCGACCUCAGGUCGGCGGCGAGGCGAGAAGGAGAUUGCCGAUGCCGUCAUGGAUGACAACGUGCUGCAUGCCAUGCAAAAGAACUGCACUGUCGAGCCAGCCGAGGUUGUCUGCUUGAGCGCUGAUACGCGAGUGGGACCCCUUGCGCCCGGUGCGUGUCAUGUCGUCGAACUGCAGUUCUUGGCGCUUCAGGAGGGUAUUGUCGGCAUGGAGGCAAUCAGAGUCGUUGAUCUGGGAUCGCAGGAGCACGUCGACAUUAGAGAGCUGCCCACCAUGAUUGUGGAACCAGCAGCGGCAUAG